UUCCACUUCUGUGAAUCAUAAACAAAGCACUCAGUUGUUUUUGUGUUUACUUCUCUGGGGAUUUCUGGGAAAAAAAAAACAACAGAAAUAAUUGGGACAAACCUCUUGUUCUUCGUGAGUAGCUCUGGCUCGUCUGCUUUUGCCUGGCCAUGUGUUGAUAGAAGUAAGCUUGCUCUGACUGACCGUUUUCUUGCUAAUGCCUGGUGGUUUGUUUCAGGUAUUUACAUUAAUGGCGAGCCUUGCUUCAAAGGAUGGGUAUCUUCAGAAAUUAGCAAGUAAAGUAUGUGCUUCACACAGUCAAGAACGACCAAAGAGGCCUUUUUUUGUGCCGUUUUGGAAUCGAGGUGAGGCGGGGCCACGAAAAAAGAGAAAGAAAAACAGACAGAAAGGAGGUGGAGGGAAAAGUCUUAAUGUUGACAAGGUGCCACAAGCAAAGUCCACUCAGAAGACAGCUGUCCAUACAUCGCAGGAUCGAGUCUCUAUAUCUGGGCAGAAUGUGCCAAAAGGCAGUGCGAAGGAUGACACAGCUGGCUCUAAACUCCAAGGAUCUAAAGGUGAAGUGGCUAUUUCCAGGGAUUUUUCUGCUGUCGAUAUUUUACGUCAGAGACUACAUGAAAAAAUUGAAGAAUCUCGAGGACAUGGUGCCGGUAAAGGCCUUUCAUCUGAGGAAUGGAUGAAGAAGCGUGAGAGACGAAAACAGGAAAGGGAACGCAAGAAGAGGAAGAGAAAAGAAUUUAGGAUGAAAAAGCUUGCAGAGAAAGCAGGUGAAACUGUCAAAACUGAGGAUGGAGAAAACUUAGAGAGCGCUGCGGUAACUCCUGGGCCUGUAGAGAAGGAGAUGACCACCUUGGUCUUCAAUAAGGUUGAUGUUGGCUUUGAGUACAAAAGCAAACUCCAGCUGAAGAAGGAAAAAAAGAAGCGCGUGAAAGGUAACCUGACUCCACUGACAGGGAAGAACUACAAGCAACUUCUGAGCCGGGUCGAGGCACGUAAAGCCAAAUUGGAAGAGCUGAGAGAAAAGGAUGAGGCCAAAGCCAAGGAGAUGGAGGAGAAAAUGAAGUGGACCAAUGUGUUGUACAAAGCAGAGGGUUUGAAGAUCAAGGACAAUGAAGGCAUGCUUCGUGCCUCUCUGAAGCGUAAGGAGAAGAUACGUGCCCAGAGGAAGAAGCAUUGGGAGCAACGCAGCUUGCACGUCCUUGAGAAGAUGCAGCAUCAGCAAGACAAACGACGCAAGAACAUUCAGAAUCGGAAGCAUAUGAAACUGGAGAAGCGCAAAGAGAAGGCGCGCAAGAAGGGCCGCGUGCUGCCAGAGGACCUGAAGAAAGCAAAACUGUAAAGGAUACUUGAAAAGUUAAACAUGCUGAUACAGAUUUUGGAGGCCUUUUUUAUGUAAUCGUGUGGUCUUAAGAUGUCAGUUAAUAUAUGCUUUGGUUUUUUUUUGUUCUGGCAACAUGACUGUAAAUAA